AUGAUAGAAAACGAUUACAACGUCAAUUGGCAUAUGGAAGAAAGCCCCUUCUACCCUUCUUCUUCUUCUUCUUCUUCAGGCAGCAUUAUCAAUAUUCCGGUGAUCAACAACUUCUCUGCCGGCAAUGGCGGCGGUGGCAGUGGCGCUGUUUCUCUCUCGCCGGAAAUCCAAGCUUCACAGUAUGCUGUUGGAAACAACCAUCCCAUGUUGGAAAACAACCCUAGUUUCCAAAACCCUAGACCACCCCAAAGUCGUUUCUGUCAAUACCCAACAACAGCUUCUUCAAGAAACAAUCAGAUUGAUAUGUUUGAUAUAUUUUCUCUCCGGAACAACAACAACAACAACAAUGUGAUUGAUCCGAAUCUUCUCCAGCAGUAUCAACAACAAAUAAUGAGGAGUAGUAACAAUGGGUUAGGUUUGCACCAUGAGACUGAUCUUGAAUCUGCUAUGUCCAGGCUUACCUUAUCCACUCAUCGUCAAUCUCAGUUUCAAUUUCAACCGGCUGAUUAUCAGUUUCUCAAUAAUAUUCGUGGAUUGACCAACAACAGUAACCCAGCAGCUGGUGCUGCUUAUGACUAUUUUGGUAAUUCUUCCACUAGUACUAAUAGUACUGAUUUAUCUCCCGAGGCACUGUACCGAUUGAGAAUUCAAUAUGCUUCGAUGGGACUUCAAUUGCCUUAUUAUAAUGGUGGAAUCCCAUUGACAACAGCAGGCUAUGAAUCUCUCUAUUUUCCUGCUGGUUUAAAUCACUACAGAAGUCGAUCUCGACUAGAUAAUGGAAGAAUUACUACUACUGGGUUGUACCAAACAAGGCCUUCUUCUAUGGUUAAUAAUAAUGAUUAUGAUCAUGGACUUGUUGUUGGGUCUGGUAUUAGUGGUAGUGGUGGUGGUUUACAAUAUCGUACUAGGGAAAUUUCUUCUUCUAAUAAUGGGUUUGGAUCAGGAUUGUCUGAAGAUUGGAAGAGCAUGUAUAACAAUCAUAGGUGUUUUCACCCUCGGUCUUCUUCUUCUUCUCGUCAGAAUAUGGCUUACUCUUCGCUUGAACAAGUGAGGGGGAGAAUGUUUUAUGUGGCUAAAGAUCAAGAGGGUUGCCGUUUCUUGCAAACCAGGCUUGUUAAAGACAAGCCUGAGGAGAUCAACAUGAUUUUCUCCGAGGUGAAGGAUAAUUUGCAUGAUCUGAUGGUUCAGCAGUUUGGUAAUUAUCUUAUUCAGAAGCUGAUUGAAGUUGUCAAUGCGAAUCAACUGUCUGAAAUCCUUGUCUCAGUCAUCAGCAAUGAGCAAAGAUUCAAGGAAGUCUGCAUUGAUGAACAUGGAACUAGGGUUGUGCAGAAACUGCUAGGCUAUCUGAAAGUCCCAGAGCAACAGUUCUUGGCUAUGUCGGCUGUGAGUCGUAUCACUGUUGCCUUGACCAAAAGCUCCAAUGGUAACCAUGUCAUUCAAAAAUGCUUUGCAGAAUUAUCUCCAGAAGUUAAUAAGCCUCUUUUGGAUGAAGUAGCAGCAAAUUGCCUGGAGAUAGCAACAGAUAAAAGUGGGUGUUGUAUAUUACAAACUUGUGUAUCUUAUGCCUGUGCAGCUCAUCAUGCUCCACAGACAGGAGAAGCUAAGAAGAGACUUUUGGCCGAAAUUAUAUCAAAUGCACAAAUCCUCUCAGAACAUCCUUAUGGGAACUAUGUUGUGCAGCUUAUAAUAGCACCAGGGACAUUGCCUGACAUACUGACACAGCUCAGAGGGAAAUAUGUGAGUCUGUCUAUGAACAAGCAUGGCAGCAAUGUGGUGGAAAAGUGCCUGAAAGAGAGUAAAACAGAGCAAUAUACUUCUAUAAUUGUUGAUGAGAUCAUUAAUAGUCCACAUUUUCUUGAUGUUCUUCAAGACCCAUAUGGGAAUUAUGUUGCUCAGUCUGCUUUAGAAGUAUCAAUGGGUCGUACUCACAGUGAUCUUGUUAGACUCAUUCUAAUGCAUGAGAAAUCUCUGCACAGCCAUCCACAUGGGAAAAGGGUUCUGCAACAAGCUCGUGCUUCCAAGCAUCAGCGUGUAUGA